CCAUUUUCUGAGCUGCUUCUCCUUACGAGGGUCGCGGGCGUGCUGGAGCCUAUCCCAGCUAUCAUCGGGCAGGAGGCGGGGUACACCCUGAACUGGUUGCCAGCCAAUCGCAGGGCACAUACAAAUAAACAACCAUUUGCACUCACAGUCACACCGCCGGGCAAUUUAGAGUCUCCAAUUAAUGCAUGUUUUUGGGAUGUGGGAGGAAACCGGAGUGCCCGGAGAAAACCCACGCAGGCACGGGGAGAACAUGCAAACUCCACACAGGCGGGGUUGGGGAUUGAACCCCGGUCAUCAGAACUGUGAGGCUGACGCUCUAACCAGUCGGCUUGACCCCCCGAUCACGACUUUAGUGGACGAAAACAUCAUUCGUGCAAUCUUCGUGUCCGGUUGGAGUCAUCUCGUGCACGUUGAAGCUGCUCGGCCUAGCUUAGCUUAGUUUAGCUUGCGAACAAAGAGACACGUUUGUGAUCAACACUUCGCUAAGCAGAGAUCAAGCGUGAGAGCGGCAACUGUUGUGAUCGUCGUGCGAAAAUGUGUGCAAGAAGGACAGCAGAGUACGAGGAGGAACUUUGGGGCCCAAAAGAGGAGAAGGAGCCACAACGUCAACUACUGGACGCUGUGUUCAAUCUGCAACCUCAAACUGUGCCACGCAGAGCAGCUAUCAAGCUAAGCGAGGAUACACUAUCUUGGGAAGAUUCAAAAUGCAACAUCACUGAAGAUCUUCGUACUGAGUGGGAGGAGCCAGAGCCCCCUCACAUUAAAGAGGAAGUGAAGGACAAAGAGGUCCACCACAUCAAAGAGGAAGAGGAGCCCAUUUCAAUUAAAAAAGAGGAAAAAGAACUGCACCACCACAUCAGACAGGAAAAGGAGGAGGACAUCACCAAGUUUCCAUCGACUGGUGUCCCUUUGAAAAGUGAAGAUGAAGGUCAAAGUGUGGAGAGCAGAGGGGUAGAGUCUCUAAGCAGCAGCUCAAGUCAACACAUGACAACAGAAGCUGAUGGAGACCACUGUGGAGGAUCACAAGCAGACGGGCUCUUAGGUCCACUAUCAGAUUGUGACGUCAUGAUGUCGUACUCUACUCAUGAUGAUGAUGAUGGACAGUCUGAAAUUGAUAUGACAUUUCAGACUGACAACAAAGGAUGGAAAUGUUCUCAGUGUGGGAAAACAUUUGAUAAUAAGAGCACUUUUAAACAACAUGUGAGAACACACACUGGGGAAAACCCAUUUUCCUGCUCAGAUUGUGACCAAAGAUUCUCUAUGAAGGGAAGCUUAAAAAUACACACAAGAACACACAAUGGUGAGAAACCUUUUUCCUGCACAGUUUGUGGCCAAAGAUUUUCUGUGGAGAGAUAUUUAAAAAUACACACAAGAACUCACACUGGUGAGAAACCUUUUUUCUGCACAGUUUGUGGUCAAAGAUUUUCCGUGGAGAGAUAUUUAAAAAUACACACAAGAACUCACACUGGUGAGAAACCUUUUUUCUGCACAGUUUGUGGUCAAAGAUUUUCUAUGAAGGGAGAUUUAAAAAGACACACAAGAACCCACACUGGUGAGAAACCUUUUGUCUGCUUAGUUUGUGGUCAAAGAUUCACUCGGAAGGGAAGCGUAAAAAUACACACCAGAACCCACACUGGUGAGAAACCUUUUUCCUGCACAGUUUGUGGCCGAAGAUUCACUCAUAAGGGAACCUUGAAAAUACACAUGAGAAUCCACACUGGUGAGAACCCUUUUGUCUGCUUAGAGUGUGGCCAAAGAUUCUAUAAGAAGGAACACUUAAAAAUACACACAAGAACCCAUACUGGUGAGAAACCUUUUCACUGCUCAGUGUGUGGUAAAAUAUUCACUCAGAAGGAAGGUUUAAAAAUACACACACGCACCCACACUGGUGAGAAGCCUUUUUCCUGCACAGUUUGUGGCCGAAGAUUCACUCAUAAGGGAACCUUGAAAAUACACAUGAGAACCCACACUGGUGAGAACCCUUUUGUCUGCUUAGACUGUGGCCGAAGAUUCUAUAAGAAGGAACACCUAAAAAUACACACAAGAACCCACACUGGUGAGAAACCUUUUCACUGCUCAGUGUGUGGUAAAAGAUUCGCGAAGAAGGAAGGUUUAAAAAUACACACACGAACCCACACUGGUGAGAAACCUUUUACCUGCUCUGUUUGUGAUCAAAGAUUCUCUGAGAAGGGAAGCUUGAAAAAACACACGAGAACCCACACUGGUGAUAAACCCUUUUCCUGCUCAGUUUGUGGUCAAAGAUUCUCUCGAAAGGGACCUUUGACAAGUCACACAAGAACACACACUGGUGUGAAGCCUUUUUCUUGCUCAGUUUGUGGUCAAAGAUUCACUCAGAAGGGAACAUUGAAAAUGCACACCAGGACCCACACUGGUGAGAAACCUUUUUCAUGCACAGUUUGCGGUCAAAAAUUUCCUGUGAAAAGACAUUUAAAAAUACACACAAGAACUCACACUGGUGAUAAACCUUUUUCCUGCUCAGUUUGUGAUCAAAGAUUCACUCAUAAGGAAACCUUGAAAAUCCACACGAGAACCCACACUGGUGAGAAACCCUUUUCCUGCUCAGAUUGUGGCCAAAGAUUCUCUCAGAAGGAAAACUUAAAAAGACACACAAGAACGCACACUGGUGAGAAAAAUUUUUCCUGCUCAGAUUGUGGCCAAAGAUUCUCUCAGAAGCAACACUUAAAAAGACACACAAGAACACACACUGGUGAGAAACCUUUUUCUUGCUCCGAUUGUGGUCAAAGAUUCUCUCAGAAGCAACACUUAAAAAGACACACAAGAACGCACACUGGUGAGAAACCUUUUUCCUGCUCAGUUUGUGGUCAAAGAUUUUCUGUGAAGGGAGAUUUAAAAAGACACACAAGAACCCACACUGGUGAGAAACCUUUUUCCUGCUCAGUUUGUGGCCAAAGAUUUUCUGUAAAGGGAGAUUUAAAAAGACACACAAGAACCCACACUGGUGAGAAACCUUUUUCCUGCUCAGUUUGUGGGCAAAGAUUCUCUUAUAAGUAUCAGGCUAAGACGCACAAGUGUGCUGGUGAGAAUAGAAGUGAUCAAGAUUCUUUUAAUGAAAAUGUAAAUGUUGAAUCUAAAAAGUAAUUAUUAUGUUACUGCUUAACAAAAUCUACAUUCUUGUAUUCUGUGUACCAGCUUUUAUUGUUAUCUAGCUUCUUGUUGUCCAUAUAUUUUCUAAAAGCCCCGCGAGUGUGAAGAAUUAACAUUGGUGCCAAAAUACUUUCAAGGGACUAGUUAAUGGUCUGAACAUGGGAACUUAUACUAUCGUGCUGGACUCAUAAAUGAUGUCUGCAGAAAAAAUUCCCUCCAAAAUAGAUUCUGUAGUAAUUUUAGAAUCCUUUACUGAUGAAAUAUUUGAUUUUCAGCCAGAUGUUGGCCCGCCCACAUGUCAGCCUGUCACAGCCUGACACGUAACAAGCAAGAGCCGAUGACAUUUCCUCAUUGAACUUCUAUGUUUUCCAUGGUGUAAUUUUUGCCCAUAUUGAAAGUCUGGGACAAUAAUGAUAAUAAGAAGACAAUAAUGAGCGAAGAUAGUGAUCGUAAAAAAUGUUUGGAAAUUUUGUUGUUUAAAAAAAUUAAAUGCUUCCUCGAGGAAAGACGACAACCACGUCAUCCCACGUCAAGUAAUGCUUGCAGAUUUAUUUACUCAUACGUCAGCUCAAUUUUGAGUUGAACAAAUGUACAUGUGCGUAUGUAAGUAUAGAUCAAAUGUAUGUAUUGAUCACAAAGACGGCAUUUUGUGGACUUUGGCUGGCUGUCGUACCGUCAGAUGACCCAUGACGACGGUCUCCCGCCCGAACGUGUUACGUCAUGUCCCGAAACUGCAGCUGAUCUGAUUUGAUCUUAUCCGAUCCAUAAAAUCUAAAAAAUUGGACUGAUUGUUGGAAUAUUUUCAGAGGUUGAAGCUGCCAAGAGUAAAGAUGUCCGCAUAAAUUUGGGUGAUGAUUGUUGACAGUUUUUGGAUAUUAAUCUGCUUUUAUUGUGUUCAUGCAUGAGGCCUGCAAGGAUGUGGCACUCGCCUGCUCUGUUUGUAUGAUGAUCAGCAAAUUAAAUUAGUGAUUCAACAUAAUUUUGGGGUACUAGCUGUUGUUCAUGUGGUGCAAUGCUAUAUGACCGCAAUUAAAGAUAUAAUACCAGCUUGAACAAAGCGGUGUUUGCAAACUCAAGCAAGCUGUAUUUUUUUUUCUUUUUUAAAUUUCCUGAAAAUUUGUCAUUUUGAAGGUGACGGGAUUGCACCUGACAGCUACGAUGUUUAAAAUAUGACCAAUUACUGCCAUUUCAUCGGUUAGUACAUUGCUUUUUCCCCACACCAGCUAUGCCAGUACUUUCCAAUCUUCGAUUUUGGUGGUGAGAAAGGGGCGUUCCAAGGAGAAUUCGUUAUUCACCAAUUGCUCCAAAAUGUAUUGAUAUUGGAAAUGACUGCCAAUUUAAUUUUCUUGAGCAAAAAAUACAUAAAACAAACUUGUUUGUGAACUUUGGAGCAUUAAGAACCAUACUUCCUUUUAGCAAUGCAUGCAUUUUGUCCAAUGUUUUCGUGAUUACAAUAUCAAAUAAGUGAAUGAUUGAUUGACAUAAGACUGGAAAGAAAAUUUGACUUUUGGUGGUAAACUAACGUUUAUUUGUGAUCUUUAAUAAAAUACACUUCUUAAAACAGUGAGUGUGACUCAAUUUGCUUGUAUGUCAAAUCCAUUUCCCCCAUUAAAAAUAAUUGAAUGUCUUUAAUCCAUUGGGAACCUUCCAAAAACAAAAUGCUCUCAACUUAAAGCAAAUGCGGCCCAAGCGACGAGGCCUAAGUGGAAAAACUGCAA